AUGCCGCCUCGACUCAACCUCUUCACAGCCAACAAGGCCGUCUCGGCCCUGCGCCAAUCCACCACGCCCGCACUCAUCGCCAGCCCCGUCCGAUUCCGCGCCGUUCAGUCACUACCCAUUCAGUGCCGAUGGAGCUCUUCGCGCGAUGGCUCAAAGAAGGUCGAGCCACAGCCCGAUCAGCAGACUUACCCGACUGUCGACCAGCUGCCCGAUGUUAGCGAGGAGGCCAACGAGAUCUCCCGAAUUAUGGAUAAGGAAAAGCGUUGUGAUGGUAUUCCUGCUACUCCCGAGUUGGAUCAAGGGACGCCCGUUGAGGAGGUCCUCAGCCGCGAUAAGGACGCUAUGAAACACAUGCCGCAGGUUAUGCGGGACGCAUUGAAAAAGUCCGGUGGCUCGCGCUCGUUCUCGACUUCGGCUCGAAGCCUUAUGAACGAUCUGCAGGGUGUUGAGCCUAACAACGAGGCUAACCUUAUUCCUCAUAUUCCCGGACUCGAUGGCGCUAGUGAUGAGGCCACUGCUGCUCUUGCCAGCAUGAUUGAGCAGGUGCAGGGUCAGGCUCUUGAGGAAAACCCUGGGCUCAAGUUCGAUCCGCCUGCCCUCCCAGAGGAAUUGAAGACGUUGAACUUCCGCAAGCGCUACGAUACCAUGCAGGACCAGUUCACUAAGAUGAUGAUGGAGAGUGGGAAACUGACGAAGGCGCAGAAGAACAUGUCUCUCGUUCUGGAUCACCUCCGCACCGCCUCUCCCCCCCAGAUCAACCCCCGUCGCCGUCUCCUCGGGGCUCCCCCGGCAUCUCAGCUCCCCCUCGACCCUGUCCUCUACCUUACUCUCGUCGUCGACUCCGUGGCGCCCCUCUUCCGAAUCCGUCAGCAGAAGGGUAUCGCGGGUGGUGGUACUGCCGUGCAGAUUCCUCACCCGCUGACUCUGCGCCAGCGCCGCCGUACUGCGAUCAAGUGGAUUCUUGAUGCGUCGGAUAAGCGACGUGAUGCGCUGUUUGCGAACCGUGUUGCGGCUGAGGUGGUGGCCGUUGCUGAGGGUCGUAGCGGUGUCUGGGAGAAGAGGGACCAACAGCACAAGAUUGGUAUUUCUGGUCGUGCGAACCUGAAUACUAACGCUCGUCGCUAA